GCACUAAACCUGUUGUGAGUUAUCUAUCGCUAGGAGUACUGUCAGGCUGUGUACAUUGCGUGGUGCAUAUUCGGACGUUCACAAACAAAGUACACAUUGCAACCAUGGCCCAGCUACCCGUUUACAACCCGCCUUCCCCAUUCCUUGGUCAACUUCCCUCUGGAUUGGGGCUGUAUAGAAAGAUCACGAUCCGUGGACGAAUGACUCACGAUAUGUUCAACAUAAACCUCCAGGUUGGACCCAACGUAGACCCGAGGGAUAAUUCAGCGCUACACAUUAGCAUUCGGCCACGGGAAGGACUGAUCGUGCGGAACACGUACCAGUUUCAAAGCUGGGGCGUUGAGGAGCGCUUUGGUGGAUGUCCGGUACAGAAACGGUCGUACUUCGAUGUUAGCAUUACGGUGAAACCGGACAGCUACGGUAUUGCGGUGAAUGGAUGCCAUUUCUGUGACUUUAAUCAUAGGAUGCCGUAUGCGUCGGUACGGUUCAUACAUACCGGUCCAGGCGCACAGAUAGAUGCUAUUAUAACGGAAUAGGAAGGACAUUGGUGUAUUUCUACUUUAAGUCCGGCAAAUAAUUUACACUGUUAAAGCCAUAUUGCCAAACAACGAUUUGCGUAUGUUUAUUAUAA